AACAGACUUUUAACUUCGAUAUAAAAAUUACUUAUAUAUGGAGGAAGAAUGAAGAUAUUUGGCCCAACUUCUGAAAGCAAGACGAAAUGGCCCGAUGAAAGGUUCCCUUUUCUUCAAGAGAUGUAUGCGGAAGAUAUUCCACCUGAACCCAGAAGCAACUACAAAUCAGAUCGAAACAGGAAUAUAUUGCAGGGGACGACAAUGAUUCUUGGACGCUGGCCGGAAGACAUUGCAGUUAUUUGCACGUAUUUCGCAAUAGGCAUUACCCUUACGGUAAUCACGGCAUUAUCUCUACUGCUUAUCUUUACCAAAAACAAUACGUCACAUGAAAUGGUAACAAAGACAGGAUCGAAUGUUCUUGAAUUAGAAACACGUUGUGACUAUGAACACACAGUAGAUGAAACACUGAAUAAGCUUAGAAGAAUACGUAGAAGGAAUAAUGUUAACUUCUUUGGGUUUCAACAUACGUCAUCAUUUGAAACGGAGGGAAAUGAUAACAGCGAUGAAGAUUUACCAACAUUAACGGAACAUAAAGUAUUUCUUGUCACUACCGACGACUUCUCUUCUUCACACAAAUUAUGUGCAGUGGAAUCCGCUGCAAGAAUCAUGUCAGAUUAUGAUUUAUACGUAAUAAUAAUUUCACUAAAUAAUACUGACAUAAAUAUAGUACCAGAUAAACGCUUUGAUGAGCUACAAAAUACAUAUUCAAAACUCAAAGUAUUUCGUAUAAAAGGUGAUAGAUAUUUCUAUGAUUCACCGAUGAGAGAUAUAUUACAUGAAAGUAAUUUCUCAUUAUCACUUACUGUAUUCGCUGCUAGAGUCCUAACUCUAUGGCGAUAUGGAGGUAUUACGUAUGAUUUAGACCUUAUAACUCUUAAUAAUACUUGUAUACGAACGUAUCCAAUUCCUGAAGAUGCCAAUAUAAUGAUUUCAAGAGACGGGGGAGCUGUAAUGAGCGCGGGAAAUAAGUGCCACCCAUUUUUAUACAACUUAAUGACAUCAAUGACUUCACUGUAUGGAGAAAGACGUGGACCUUAUGACCUCUGCAGCAAAGAUGUAUUAAGAUAUGGCUUGAGAAAAUUCUGUUACAAUGGGAAUAAGAAGACUAGACUCGGUACUCGGCCUGAUAGAAGAUAUUCCAAAAACUGCGAUGGAAUAUCAGCUAUACCACAUAGCAUGAUCUGCAGUGAGGAUAGGGAAAGUACCAGUAAAUGCAUCUGGUCGUCGAAUAAUGCAAAGAAUCGUCAUUUCCUAAAGAAUCUUUGUCCUGUUUCAUAUCGACAAACGCCAGAAGAAAUAUUACGCGGUCAUGUAAUAGCAAUAUACGAAAACAAAUAUAUAUUUUUUCAUUAA